UUCAACUUCCUCUAUUAAUUAUAUCUAUCUCUCCGCUAAAAUACUUUAAUUCCUCUUUAUCAUUAAUGAUGCCGCCUCCUCUACUUAGAUUUCUGCUAAGCACCACCUCAUCUUCCCCACCGCCGGCCAAAUACACCCCGGCGGAUCCUCCGUCGUCAUUUGCGCCGGUGGAGCCCGACUAUGUCAUUAUCAUAGCAGCCCUUCUCUGUGCACUUAUAUGUAUAAUCGGACUUAUCUCAGUAGCUCGAUGCGCUUGGCUCCGACGCACCGGAGGAGCUACCGGAGGUCAGUCGGCAGCGGCGGCGAACAAAGGAUUGAAGAAGAAAGUUUUGCACUCGCUGCCGAAGUUCAAGUUUGACCCAGCUACUUCAAGUACUGAAGCUGCGGCGGAGUGCGCCAUAUGUCUGGCGGAGUACAUUAGAGGAGAUGAGAUUAAAGUUUUGCCUCAGUGUGGCCAUGGUUUUCAUGUUCGCUGUAUUGACACGUGGCUUGGUUCACACUCUUCAUGCCCAACUUGCCGUCAGAUUCUCCAAACUGGUCCGUGCCGGAGGUGCGGCGAAUUCUCAGGCAAUUCAAACGCCGGUGCUCAAAUUCAGGGACGGAAUUGCCUUACCUAAACAGUUCAAAUUCCAAUUGUUUUCUUCUCCUUCACGAAAUUAUAUGCCACACAAAUAAUAGGGUUGAAGAAUGUGGUCCCAAGUUGAGUUGAGGUUCGUGAAGUUACAAAUUUGUUUGUCUAGAAGCUAAAACAAGAGAGAGGAUAAAUAUGAAGGUUUCUUCCUCUUAUGGAAAACAAGAAAGAAGCUCACUAAAGGUUAAAUAUUUGUAAUAGUUGUAAUUGUUCUCCUCUUUUUUAAACUUCAAGUUUAAUACUAUAUAUUUAAGUUUUAUGUUGUGACUUUGUUUUGUAAAUUAAUGUA